CCACCGUCAAAAUGACCAAUGUCAUAUGCGAGUCCCAAAACAAAAGUUGGGUCACCUUCGAUCUGUGCAGGCUGCGUGCGAUUAGUCGCAACAAGACAGUUUUUAACCUUAUCUUUAACAUUCAUAGUCCAGCCCGAUCGAUUACCCUAAUUUGGCAGAUGCUGAAAAGAGAAAGUGGAUACAAGCCCUGGCUGGGCCGCUAUACGAUUGACUACUGCGCGUUCCUGCGUAAGACCAACCACCCUGUAAUGAAAAUGUUUUGGGAUGAAAUCAAGGACUAUAUUGACUUCAAUCAUCCGUGUCCAAUGGAGGGCAAACUGACAGUAAAGGGUUUCUUUUGGGAUGCCAGAAAUUUUUCGUUGCCUUAUCCCACUGGGGAUUACAUGCUGCAGCAGACUUGGCUUUUCGAUAAGAAGCAGCAGUUUGUUCUAAAACUUUACUUUACUUUCAAUCAGGAUUUAUUUUAUGAUUUCCAGCACUAAGCAAUGGAUUGUUGAUUUUUGUUAAGAAGCCGCACUUUCAA